AUGGUAGUAACUGAUCAUAAACCACUUGUAAAAUUAUUAGGAGAUAGGACCUUAGAUGAAAUUGCUAACACACAACUUUUCCGACUAAAACAGAGCACUUUGCAAUGGAAAUUUACCAUCCAACAUCAACCAGGAAAAACAAACCUGGCAGCAGAUGCUACUUCUUGUUACCCUGCAGAGAACACAAAGGAAUCUGAUAAUUCAGCCACUUGCAAUCAAAAUACCGAUUUUGACAAGACAGAAUCACUAAUAAUAGCCUCGAUACGAAACGACAUAGAUAAAAUGAUUGCAGUAACAUGGGAUAGUGUCAAAGCAGAGACAGAAAAGGAUACCGAUUUUAAAGCAUUAAUGUUAGCAAUAGAAAACGGUUUCCCAAAAAAUAAGAACAACUUCAUACCAAAUCUUUUACCGUUCUGGGAAUACCGCAAUGACUUGAUGGUGUCCGACGGGGUUAUAAUAUACAACGACAGAAUUGUAAUCCCACCUACUCUACGGAAAGAGAUAUUGGACGUACUACACUCAGCCCACCAAGGAGUAUCGGGAAUGACAACCAGAGCUCAAGCCACUAUUUUCUGGCCAGGUAUCACUCACAGCAUACAAAGUAAGCGCGAUAACUGUUGCAGCUGUAAUCCAAAUGCACCUUCUAAUGCACGACUACCACCCAUCCGACCUCACAUCCCUGUGACACCAUUUGAAUGCAUAUUUGCUGACUAUUUUGAAUUCCGUGGCUGGGAUUAUCUGGUCAUUGGAGACUUUCUGGAUGGACCGAAGCCUACAGAAUAA